GGCGCAACAACAUGAAGCAGCUACUGGUGCGGCUCGGCCUUUGGCGCCCUCCCGGUGCUAAGGACGGCCGGCCAUCGCACCUCAGUGCUAUCUUCCGCGGCGAGAGCCUCGCCCGUGUCGUGCCGCGUCUCCGUCGGACAGCCGAGAACCUCGGGAGCUUCCAGCUGCGGCGCGGGUCGCUUUCGUGGGAGAUCCGUCACAAGAAGACGAUCACGAUCGAGCCCGACUCGUUCUAUCUGGCGUGCUGGAACGUUCUCCUGCUCGUCUUUUGCUUGUACAAUGCACUCGUGAUCCCACUCCUCUUGUGCUUUGAGCACACGAUCUGCGAGGUACCAACGCUUGUCUACUUGCUCAACCUCGCCGAAGUCUUCUUCUUUCUCGACAUUGGCGUCCAAAUGCACACGGGCUACUACCUCCUCGGCGACAUGGUGCGCAACCCGACAAUGACACGGCGCAAGUACCUCUGGUCGACGAGCUUUCCGCUCGACCUCCUCACGCUCGUACCGCUCUAUAUGAUCGUACCGCACGCACCGUCGUGCGGGCUCUUGUACCUCAACAAGCUCCUUCGUCUUCGGCGCGUGAACGCCUAUACGCUGGACUUUGACAAGGUGUUUGCGCGUCACUUCAAAUUCUGCAAGAUCGUCAAAGUCGUCUUUGUGUCGUAUGCGUUUUGCCACCUGACCGCGUGCAUUUACGCGUCGUUUGGGUUCAAUACGAGCAACACCAACCCGUGGUUGCUCACAUACCACCUCGAGCACGAAGACGUGGUGACGCAGUACUUUGGCGCGCUCUUUUGGUCGAUUGGCAUCGUCUCCAAGUGCCUCGAAGGCGUAGCCCCUCGCACAUUGUGGCAGUCGGUCUUUAUGGUCGUCGUCAUGGUCAGCGGCUUUCUUCUCUUCGUCUACAUUUGCGGCACUCUCUUUAUGCUCUCGAAAUGCGACGCCGAUACGCUCGAAAAGUUUGACGCAAAAAUCAACCAGCUCCGCUACGUGCUCUCGUUCCACCACGUGCCGCAUGAAAUCCAAGAGUGCGCGGUCGAAUUCCUCGAGAAUGGGUUCAAGAGCGGCGAAAGCAACGACAAGAGCAACAUGAGGCUCCUCUGUCCGUCGAUCGCCAAAGACGUCAAGUUUACGCUUCUCAAAGGCAUGGUGGCCGGCGUGCCUUUCUUUCGCUGCUGCAACGCGGCGUUUGUGCGCGCGCUCAUCGACCUCAUGGACACGCAUUCGCUGCCGACCAACUACGUCGUGUGCCAAAAAGGCGACCAAGGCGAAGACAUGUACUUUGUUCAAGCCGGCGUCCUCGCCGUGACCAUCAACGACGUCAAAGUGCGCGAGCUGCGAAAAGGGGGCUUUUUCGGUGAGCUUUCACUCUUUACCAACCAAGUGCGCACCGCCAAUGUGACAACCGCGACGUUUUGCAUUUUGCACAUGUUGUCGCGCACGCAUGUGCAGCGCGUCCUCCGCGCGUACCCUGAAUUCGAGGGUCAAAUUCUCGACUGCGUCGGAAAGCUCUUGCAGGAAAUGGACCUUCACAACAACGAAGUGAUUCGGCGCAAAGGCUCGAUCGUCGAAAGCAACGACACAGUUCAACGAGCCAAAGCGUAUGGCAACUACGUGCAUCAGCUUGAAAGACCCGGCGACAAGCGCUUUAGCCGGCGCUUUGUCGAUCUCUUGCCAGCGUCCGGGAAGCCAGCGAGUAGUGCAAACCCGCCGCGUAGUACCGCGAGUCAUGCAAAGAGCAACAAGAGCUCGUCCAAGGCAUCGUCGACCGCGUCACGCACCUCGACGACGCUGACGUUUACUCGACCGCUCUUUGUCGUACCGCGCUGGCACAAGCUUCUUUUGAGGCAGGCGCUGGACCGCAAGGCGCGCUACCGCCUUCCGUGGCUACUCGCAGUCAUGGGUGCGACGCUCUACAACCUCUUUAUGGUGCCGUUUGUCAACACAUUUGUCAUCAUGGGCUACCCAAAUUGGAUGCAAGUGUGCAAUACGGUCGCGGACGUAAUCUUGUGGCUCGAUAUUUACGGCAAACUCAACUUGUCGUACGUGGUCGAGGCCGAGUCGAUCUUUGACACGGUCAAGUGCGCCACGCACUAUGUUCGCACGUCGUUUUGGUGGGACGUUGUGUGUGCAUUGCCGCUUUGGAUUCUAUACCCGCCAUGGCACCUAGUCUGGCGGUUCACGCGCCUCCUUCGGGCUUUGCAUCUCACGGACGAGCUCGAAGAAGUGGCUUUGUUCGUGCGCAUUGCGAGCAAAGGACGCAUUCUCAUUCUCGGCGUCAUGCUCUUCUUCUGCUACCACCUCGCGGGGUGCGCGGCGCAAGCGUACACGUUUCUCGCGGGGUACGGCCACCUCCAAAACGGAUGGCUACCGCCCGACGAGCUCAAUUUGCACCUCAACCACGACAAGACGGGUUACGUCGAUCAUGAUAAUGUCACGUAUGCGCUCGACGACCCGCACGUGAGUCAUGUCAAGCUCAUCUUGUAUUUGCGCGCGUUCUACUAUGGCGCCGUGUGCAUCACGAAUCUGGGGUUACCCUUUGAGCCCGAGGUGUUUGGCGAGUUCAUUUUGGCCUGUGUUCUCAUGCUCAUUGGCAUGCUCUUGAUCUCCAUCAUCAUUGACGAAGUUCAGAAGCGCGUGACCGCGUCGGCCGUUGAGCAAAUGGAAUUUCUUGCGACCCGAUCUCGGAUCCAGCUCUUUUUGCAAAAGCAAAAGGCACCGACAGGCUUGCACCGGCGGGUCUCGGCGUUCCUCGACUUUUGGUGGAGCGCGCACCGCGGCGCCAACAUUAACGAGCUGGUCGCGGAGCUGCCCAACACGAUCAAGCGCGAAAUCCUCUCGUUCAUCUGUGCAUCUGCAAUCGACACCAUCGCGCGCAUGGAGCACGUCAGCGAGUCCUUCCCGCAACUCGCAGCGAUUUUUCUCGACAACUUGACCAUUCACUUGUAUGGCCAGGGCGAAAUGGUGUAUCGGUGUGGGGACUACGCCGACGCCGCCUACGUGCUUCUCGAAGGCCACGUUGCAAUUCUCACACCGUUCCUGGACGACGCGCCGCGUGGGCUUCAGUCGGGUGAAUUUUUCGGACUCUCGAGUUUGGAUUUGGACAAAGACAACAUUGUCCACGCGGACGAAGCCAAAGCCAUGACGACGUGUGUCGUCGCCCUCGUGACGCGCCAGACGUUGCUCUCGCUGCAAGAAACGUUUCCGACAUUUGCGGCCAACAUUUUGGCCCGGAGUGCCAAAGCCGCCAGCCGCAACAAGCCGGGGGUUCUCGAGCCGUCCGAUCGCUCGUCCAAGGAGCCAACCAACACCGUCGCGAAGCCAUGGAUGCUCAACCCCGACUCGAAUUUCUCCAUCUUUUGGGAGACGCUUCUCUUCUUUGGCAUGGUGUACGAGUGCAUUGGCGUCCCCUUUUACAUGGCGUUUGGCUUUGCGGACGCGUCGGUCCGCGAGUCCGACUCGAUCUCGAUUGUGCUCGAGCUUUGCUUUUUGGCCGACAUUUUUCUCAAGAUGCGGACCGGGUUUUCCAACUAUGGCAACAAGGUUAUGGACCCGGUCACAGUGCGCAAGCGCUACCUCCGCUCGAUGAGCUUUGCCAUUGACGUCCUUGCUGUGAUCCCGCUCAAUUUAGCCAAUGUUUGGACGGGAAGUUUGCGGUCCGAGGCAUGGAACGUCAACAAACUUUUGCGGCUCUUUAAACUCUCGGCGCAAAUUCAACAUUUGGAGCGGCAGUACUACACGAUCAACAUCCAGAUCCGUAUCUUCAAGCUCGUCUUCUACAUCUACUUGCUUGCGCACUUUAUCGGAUGCACGUGGUACAACUUUGGCAACAACGCGUCGACGCUUCUCGGGUUUACCACGACCAAGCAGUUUGGCAAGGACCCGUGGCUCCCCAAUGUCGACAUGGACCCGGCCAACCCCAACAUGACGCUCCUCCUCAAGUACACCAAGGCGCAUUACUGGGGCCUUGGCAUGCUCUCGGGGUACCACCCUGGUGCAUACCCUGUGACAGCUAUCGAAUACGUCUUCACGAUUUUCGUCCAAACGCUCGGUGUCUUUUUGCUUGCGUACGUUGUGGGGAAUCUGCUCGAUAUUGUCCAAAUUCUCGAUGGCAACAACCGGGCAUUCUACAGCAACCUCAACUACGUCCGCAAGUUUAUCAAGUACUUUCCGUUCUCGCCCGAGAUGGAGCUCAAGAUUGCGCACUUUUACUUUUACCGCCUCUUUCACUCGAUCCACGAAGAGCACAUUUUGGCCCAAUGCCUGCCACCGUCGCUCGUCGCCGACAUUCGGCUCUAUCUACUCACGCCGAUGCUCAACAAGGUGCCGUUCUUCCAAGACGAACAUGCGGACUCGAACGUCACGCGUGUGCUCGUGAGCCAAAUGACGCAGCUGCUCGUGACGCGCGGGGAGCUCGUGUGCCGCCAAAACGAAGUCGGUGUCGAGAUGUACUUUGUCUUCUCGGGGUGCCUCGACGUGUUCGUGAUGCUCGACGGCCUCGAGCCCGUGAGCAGCAUCAAGGACAACUUGAUCAACAAAGGCACCAAGGUCAACGAGAUCCAUGCCGGCGCCUUCUUUGGCGAAAAGUCCCUCUUCUCCUACAUGCCGCGAAAUGCGACCAUUGAAGCGCGAACGUUCUGCACGCUUUACAAGCUCUCGCGGAAGCACUUGGAGUCUGUCUUUGCACAGCAGCCCGAGUGGAAGGCCAAGGUCAUGGCCAUUGUGAGUGAAAUUUACGCCGAGCAAGAGCUCAAGAUGCGCGAGGACCAAGCGAGGGCCUUGGCCAAAGUCGAGACGGCGCCGCGCAUGCUUCAUCGCCCGCUCGACGCGUCCAAGUCGAUGCUGCUCUUGCGCGCAUCCAAAGAUGAGAUCAUCCGAACGGUCUCGUUGUCGCGGCAACUGCUGGCGAAGCUCGUGCACAUCGAAGUGCAGUCGCCCAUCUACACCCGGUACUUGACCGUGCUCUGCUUCUCGCUCUUGUACAUCGCUUUGAGCAUCCCGUACGCGCUCACGUUUGGCAACGAAGGCCUCUCGACUGGCACGUUUAUUGUCUACAUGGUACUCAACGUGCUGACGGACGCAGUGUUUGCCUACGACAUUUGGUUCAAGCAGCACAUUGUCGAAACGGUCGCGUCACGCGAGUUCAGCGAAGAGACGAGGGAGCACAAGACGACGCAGUGGCUCGACGUGUUUGCGAUUCUCCCCUUGGACUAUAUCAUGGGGCCGUUCUUCGAGUUUUCUGCGCUUUUUCGGCUCAACCGCUUUCUCAAGUUGCGGCAGCUUACCCACACCAUCAACGAAGUGCAGCGGUUCAGCAUGUCGUACGAGAUGAACCGACUCAAGCUCCUUGGGCUCUACUACUGCAUGUGCAGCUACUGGUUGGCGUGCGCGUACUUUGGUACUACUUUUGUCGACGGAUUCGGUCCAGCGUGGAGCUCCUCGCUGCCCGUGGCCUACUUUGCGAUUGAUCCCGAUGCAACGACGGAGAAGGUCUUUUUCCGUCUUUUCCGAUGUCUGUACUUUGCGAUGACGCUCAACACGGGUACUGGUCUCGUGAACGAACCCAAAGACCAGAUGCUCCAGUUCACGUUCCUCUUCCUCAUGGCCGUGUUUGGCGUCUUUAUCAUGGGUUACGUCAUUGGCGAGGCGUCGACGCUGUGCAUUUACCUCAUCCAGAACGAAGUCGAGUUCAAGAUCAACCAAAUGAACGUCAUGGAGUUUCUCGCGCGGAAGCGCAUUGCUCGGUCCAUCGAAAACAGGGUCCGCGUCUUUCUCUCGUACUGGUGGUCGUCCCAGAGCGGCGUCAUGUACCAGAGCAUUCUGGAGCAGCUACCGCCACGCAUCCGGUCGCAAGCCAACAUUCAGAUCGGCCACGUGGCCAUCGCUCGCUUCUCGACGCGGUAUUUACGGCCUCUUUGCGCCGACACCGUCGGCAUUGAAGCGCUCGUGUGCAGCAUGGCCCACCGGCUCGUCUUUGAGGGGUACCCUCCCGGUGAAUCGGUCAUUGUUCAAGGCAACAUUGGUCAAACCAUGUACUUUGUUGCAAAAGGCAACCUCAUUUCGGCGUCGACCACACCCAACUUUGCCCCGAUACGCUAUGUGGACGGGCAGUUUUUCGGCGAAGAAGGCUUCAUGUCGGCUAGCUUUUGCACCUAUUCCGUCGUGGCGCUCCGCGCCUGCGACCUCCUCGCGCUCUCGGCGGCCGACUUUACCGCUGCCUUGCAAGAGUCCCCGUGGUUUGCGGAAAGUGCCGUCGUUGCGCGCAUGGUCGUGGCGUCGCUGGCAGAGCCCGAUGCCUAUCCGUCGAUUCCCCCCACGACCGACUUGUCCGAGCUUAUCUACUACUUGAUUCGUGACCGCGGCGAUGUACAAUACUACCGCAGCCUCUCGGUGCUCGAGUGCGGUGCCGCGUUUACGCCAUUUCUGGCGCUCUUUGAGGACCAAGGCGACGGCGCGGCGGGCAAGCCAACGGUACCAGGCAAGGACGAAUUCAUUCUAUGCCAGCACUGUGAAGACCACUCAGCGACGCUCUACUGCAAGUUCUGUCUCCAAGGUCUUUGCAGCCAGUGCACGCGGGAAAUCCACGAAAACACCCACUUUGCCUUUCACAUGGACUCGAUCUCGCGCAUUCGCAAGCCACGGACCAAGAGUCUCAACAGGGUCGCCAAUACCGUCGCGAUUUGUGCCAAAAGGCUCCGCUCGAUGUCCAGGUCGGUGCGCCCGGCGCCCGAGCCCGGAGCACCUCCGGACAUCACUGAUUUGUUUUCUGCUGCCGACGAGCUAGCGCCGAUCUUGUCGAAGGACGCAAGCGUGCCAGUGAUGAACAUCACGCACGCGAUGUUGGCGCAGUCAGCUGAAGAAGGCGACGAGAAGCAAGAGGCGGCGCGGGCCGUGAAGCGCGCCCGCUCGUCCUUGCAGCGACUGCAAGCGCGCUUGAGCCAGAUGCAACCGAAUGGCAGCGUGAUUGUACCGUCUACGACAGACAACCAUUGGUCACCGGGGCCGUCCAUUCGCAGUAACACCAUGCUGACCAUGCUGCAGGAGGCCGCUCGCACCGCUACGGAGCGAAUCGCGGCGGAAAACCUCUUUGAUGCCCUUCACGGCGAUGCAGCGACCGCGCCAAGUCGGGGACCGUCGACCAAGAGCUUGCCUUCCCAUGAUGUGCUCACGGAAGAAUCGUAA